AUGGGCGUUGAUCCCGGUACGAAUUCAAAGAAAAUCGAAAGAGAAGAUCUCUGGAGCUUUGGAGAAUUUUGGAGAUACGCUGGUUCGCGUCCUAUCGAGAUCUCGCCUGUUGCUUUGCUGGUCUUUGCGCUGCGCGCCCCAUCGUCUGUCACUAUCGCAAUCAUGUUGUUCCAAUCAGUCAUUGUCCUGGCGGCGGCUUCAUUGUCGCUGGCUGCCACGCCGCAGGGAUUUACACCUGCUACCGAGACUCCAUUGAUAGUAUCCUUCUCUGGUAUCGAUGCGAGUGGUGGCAAGCAAAUUGCGAAAGAGGUGUCGCAGAAACAGCCUCAGAUCGCCACGAAUGCAAAGCUGACGGGAACGACGUAUGCCGUCAUGAUGAUUGACCUGGACAUUCCGACGGACAGCCCACCUCAGACCAGCACUUUGCUCCACUGGAUGCAGACCGAUCUGAUGCAGGCCAGUACUCCCACGGCACUGAACACGACCGCCGGCACCUCUCAGGUCUUCACACUGCAAAUGCCAGGGGCGGUCGCGGCGGCUGCGUCGUACUUUGGGCCUGCACCUCCUGCCCGCACGCCUCUAUCGCAUAGAUACACGCAACUCUUGAUCGAUACCUCAUCCGCAUCUACGGAAAGCAUGAGCGUUCUCACGCAGGCCGCACAGAGCCGUCAGGGUUUCAACGCAGAGACAGUCCUGACCCAAGCUGGACUCUUGGACAAGGUGGUAGCGGGCAACUUCUUCGUCGUCACGAAUCCCGGCCCCGCCGCCGACUCGACGGCCGGAGCUGGAACGGGCACGACUACUGGAAACUCCACCACGGGAAGCGGACGAGGCACUGGUACGGAGAACAAAUCCAACUCUACGACCACGAGCACUGCGACGCCAUUCAAGUCAGCUGCGGCUGCCUGGUAUGACGUGAAUGUGUUGCUUUUGGGAGUAGCUUUGGUUGCGGGAACCUUCUUUUCUCUGUAA